AUGAUUAGGCGAGCUGCCGGAAUGAGGCGGCUACUGGGGUCGUCGGUGGGCGGUUCGCGCGUGGGCGUGGCGCUGCUGUUCGUCGCACUCGUCGUCGCAUGGACCGUCGCAUACUUCGCCACGGCGCACUUCACGCUGCUCACUUCGCCGUCCGCCUUCGCUCUUCUCCCAGCCGGCAAUGCCACCUCCCGUGCAUGGCUUCAACGGCUGCAAAGUAGCCUCUCCGUGCUGCCGCAGCAAGGGCAACCGCCACAGCCACAGCACGAGCAACAGGAGAAUGGGCAACAGAGUAAGGAGCAGGAGCAGGGGCGGCAGGGGCAGCAAAAGGAGCAGAGCGCCGGUCAGCAGAGCGGCGACGGGCGGGACGUGUGGGACAAGCGGGAACAGAAACCUGCGAAGCAGAACGACUCGGCGUCGCACGCUUCUGCGAACGAACUUUUAACGCAGGAGCAGCAGUCGCAGCAGCACGUGGGGAAACAGGUUGACACUGCGAGUGUUGAUACUGCUGCCAAUGACGGCCCGGUUGCCAUCUGCCUCGUGGGCGGCGCUCGGGAAUUCGAGGCCACGUGGCCUUCCAUCCUGCGCCACGUCAUCAGCCGCUACCCGCCAGCUCACCUCUUCCUGCACUCGCCGCUGGACGAGCGCGCCAGCAAGCUGUGGGCGCUGCUGCUCGCCUCCCCUGCCAAUGCCACCACCGCCUCCUCUGCUGCUGCUGCUGCUGCUGCUGCUACCAACAGCACACAGAGUGCAGUGAGCACGGCAGUUAGUAUAGCAGCGGUGCGCAUCUUCCCCAGUGCGGACAUUGCAGUGACGGACCAGCACCGCGCGGUGCUCACCAGUAACGGCUCGCCACAUGGCAUCCAGGGUCUGCUGCAGUAUUUCCGGCUGGUGGAGGGCUGUGUCGAUCUCAUCGCCACCCACCAGCAGCAACACAACAUCUCCUACCGCUGGGUCAUCCGCACACGAGUCGAUGGCUACUGGACCGCCCCUCCUCCCCUUCUCCCCUCCCUCCACCCCUCUGCCUACACCAUCCCCUUCGGAUUCGACUGGGGGGGACUCAACGAUCGCCUCGGGAUUGGCUCCUGGGCGGCCUCCAAAGUGGCUCUCAGGCGCUUAUCCGCGUUACAAGACUUGUUCAGUGCAGGGUAUAAGGCGCUGACGUCCGAGAAGGCGUUUCGGGCGCAGAUGGAGUCUGGGGGGGUGGCGGUGGCACGGAAGCAUUUCCACUUCUGUGUGGUGACGCGGAGGCGGUCCCGAGGGGGCGAUGGGUGUGCUGCCAUGAUGUUCUCGACUGCGACCUACGGGCCGCUGAACGGCGCCAAGUGCCGGCCCUGCUCCUCCCCAUGCGCUGUUGAUGAUCAGGUGAGUGGGGUGGAGCAUCGGGGUCGUGUGAGGGAAGGGGAAGGGGGUGGUGGUGCAGUGAAGCACAUCCACCCACUCACCCCAACCCCUCCCCAUCAGGCGGCGGCAAUCAUCAACACAGUGCGCGCGGCGGGCGGCAUGUACCGCCACCCGUUGCCUCCCGGGCUGCAGCUGUGCGACGCGAAGCAGGCGUGGGAGGGCGGGUGGGAGCGGCAGUUCGACCGGGACGUGGAGCGGCAGCGCGGCGGGAAGACCCUGAGCUGGCAGCGCCGCAACAUUGGGCGAGUUGCUGCAAGCCUGGUGCAUUGCACGGAACAGUUUAACAAGGUGAGCUGGUUAUUGCGAAUUCUCAAGAAGCAGGCGUGUGAGGGCGGGUGGGAGCGGCAGUUCGACCGGGGCGUGGAGCGGCAGCGCGGGUGGAAGACCCUGAGCUGGCAGCGCCGCAACAUUGGGCGAGUUGCUGCAAGCCUGCUCAAGGCCAUGAGUGUGACGUGGGACUCGCCUCCCCCGGUGGCGGUGUGCAUCCGGGCGCAGCUGGGGGAGGUGGAGCUGAUGGGCAGCAAGACCGGAGAAUUUAACACCUUCACCUCCUUGCUCACUAGCAAAAGCACGUUCAUAUCGGUGACAAACAGCAAGGCCAGCCAGAGCUGGGAGCGGCAUCUCUUCAGGCGCUACGGCAAGGUGCGCGUGGGAUUCAGGAAUGCCGAUUGGCUGGCGUCCCCUCAAUCCGCCAAUGCAAGCGCGACAACUACCCGGCCUUUCAGUGCCGUCAGGGCGUUCGUCUCCAUGGGGGCGUUAUCCGAGUUCGGCGGGGGUGGCGGAGCCACCGCUUCCGCGGACCCUUCCGCCGUCGGCGGAAAGAAGCCCACGCCGGGGCGCGGCGGUGUCGUUCUGUCCGCGUCCCCGGAAGAAUCUCGCGUGCGCGCGAUUUCCGAGAUCGUGCGGGCGAUGAUCGACGGCGUGCGCGCGGGUCGCGACGUGGAGUACAUCCUUAUGGGCGGCACGUUCAUGUCCCUCCCGGCGGACUACCGCGACUUCUUCGUGCGCAAUCUGCACGACGCGCUCUCAGGCCGCUCCUCCGCGUCUGUAGCCGAGGCGGUGCAGUAUGCCGAGCACGCCGCCACACGCUGCAUCGGCCUCACCAUCGAAACUCGCCCCGACUACUGCCUGGGCCCGCACCUUCGGCAGAUGUUAGCAUACGGGUGCACGCGGCUGGAGAUCGGAGUGCAGAGCACGUACGAGGACGUGGCCAGGGACACCAACCGCGGCCACACCGUCGCUGCUGUCGCCGACUGCUUCUGCCUCGCCAAGGACGCGGGCUUUAAGGUGGUGGCGCACAUGAUGCCGGAUCUACCCAGCGUGGGCAUGGAGAGGGACAUGGAGUCGUUCCGCGAGUUCAUGCACAGCCCCGCCUUCCGCACGGACGGGCUCAAGCUCUACCCCACGCUCGUCAUACGUGGCACAGGCCUUUACGAGCUCUGGAAGACUGGCAGGUAUCGCAACUACCCACCGGAGAAAUUAAUCGAUUUAGUCGCACGCAUCCUGGCCCUGGUCCCUCCCUGGACGCGCGUGUACCGCAUAAUGCGAGACAUCCCGCUGCCACUGGUCACAUCGGGAAUCGACAAGGGCAACCUGCGCGAGCUGGCGCUGGCGCGCAUGGCAGAGCUGGGGCUGCGGUGCCGGGAUGUGCGCACGCGGGAGGCGGGCAUUCAGGACAUUCACCACGCUGUGAGGCCGCACGACGUGCAGCUCGUGCGGCGGGACUAUGCUGCGAAUGAUGGAUGGGAGACGUUCCUGUCUUAUGAAGAUGUGACGCAGGACAUUCUGGUGGGGCUGCUGCGGUUAAGGAGGUGUGGGGCACACGUGACGUGCCCGGAGCUUAAAGGGCGGUGCUCCAUAGUGCGAGAGCUGCAUGUGUAUGGCACCGCUGUGCCCGUGCACACCCGCGACACCGACAAGCUGCAGCACCAGGGGUACGGCACGCUGCUGAUGGAGGAAGCAGAGCGCAUUGCGCGGUGGGAGCAUGGAUCGAGGAAGCUGGCAGUGAUUUCGGGCAUAGGGACGCGCCACUACUACAGGAAGCUCGGAUAUGAGCUUGAGGGGCCUUACAUGGUCAAAACUUUGCCGCGUGCUGUGAGGGGGGUUGGGCGUAGGAAGGGCGGCAAAAGGCGUGCAAAGCAAUUGAUACACUGA